GAAGCCAGUGUUAAGAUCCCAGCUUAUCUAUAUUUUAAUGAAUAUAUGUUGCAAAUUGUUUACAUGCAUAUAUAAUAGUACAAAGGCUAUAUUUAAAUAUAUAAAUAUGACGUUUUUUGUGUAUUUAGGAGUGUGCAUAUUCUUCGGUGUAAUAUUUCAAAAUGCGAACGGAUUUACUUUAUCAAAGGACAAGGGGAAUACUCGUAGUUCAAAGGUUCCAUUCAAUGUCACUGGAUUGAUGCCGGCGGUUUUCACAGCAUUCAAUGACGACCAAAGUAUAAACUUCGACGUGAUUCCAUCGUAUGUUGAUUAUCUCGCCAAUAAAGGAACGAAAAGUGUACUGGUGGGUGGUACAUCGGGGGAGCACGUGCAGCUGAGUGUUGCUGACAGACGGAAAUUGAUUGGAUUGUGGAGGGACGCGACCCGCGGCAGAAUGCACAUGCAGGCGCAGAUCGGCGGCGCGCCGUAUUCUGACGUCAUCGACUUGGCUAGCUACAGCGCCGAAAUCGGAGUGGAUUCUGUACUGGUCCUACCUGAUGUGUAUAAUAAGCCGAGCUCAGUGGCUGACCUGGUGUUCUACAUAGGACAGGUGGCUCAAAGCGUGCCGGAACUACCAGUUUUUUACUAUAAUUAUCCAAAACAUACCCACGUUGAGAUAAGUAUGCCAGCUUUCGUGAAGGCGGCCACCGCUUCGAUACCCAACUUUAAAGGCCUGAAGUUCACAUCCAAUGACCUCGUGGAAGCUGCCGAGGUUCUGAAGAUUCUUGUGGAUGAUCAGCAGCUAAUGCUUGGAGGAGAACGACUCUUGGCGCCGGGAAUUGUCCUCGGAAUCAGGACGUUCCAGAGUCCAGCAAACAACUUGUUCCCUGACCUGAUGGGAAAUAUUAUAUCUGCAGCUCAAUGUGGGGAUGUUGAGCGAGCCAGGAUCUUACAAGACCAAUUAACAUCGGCCGUGGACAAAAUAUCAGAACAAGGUGGACGAAUUGCAGCACUAAAAGUGGCCAUGGAAAUGGAAACUGGUCUCAAAAUGGGUCCCCCCGCACUGCCCAAGAAACCUAUCACUGAAGAGAACAGGAAUAAAAUCUUGGAAAUACUAAAAAUGUUUCGAGAUGGAAGCCUUUGAAACAUAAAAAAGAUAAAAAAAAUAAUUGUUCAUAUCUGUCAUGUAUACGUUAUGUAUAGUUCAGCAUUGUGUAAGUUUAUGAAGUCGAAAGACAGAUGAUCAGGAGAGCCAGGCCAAAUCGUGUAAUUCAAUUCCUAUAUUAACAUAAUAUCGCCGCCAUUUUGAAAUAUUACACUCAUGUGAUUUUCUUUAAAAAAACCUCUAUUUCUUUCAAUUACUUUCAUUCCGGGUAAAAAUUUUAAUCACAAUUGAAUGACGCUAGAUUGUCUAAUGUGGUUUAUUACAGUGUGAUUUUUCAAAAUUUCGCUUACGUCGUUUUCACUAUAAGGUGACGAAAUAUACAUCCUAUUAUACUCUAGAAUCUGUCAAAUUAGAAACAAAAUAGGGUACGUCCUUAGAUUCCAACUAGUCAAAUCAGUUACUUUUUACUAAGUAAACUAAAAAAGAAUUCGUAUGAAAAAGCACACUGUGAUGCCAUAGAAAAACGUCAUAAAAAGUCGGACCUAUUAUUACGUUUUUCUUUAUUAAAAUUCAUAAAUAAGUUAAAUAGAAAAAGAAAAAAUGUUUUUCGUAUGUUUUAGAUCGGUGUUUAUUUAGUAAUCAGAAUUUCAUAAUUUAUCUUGAACCCAAUUGCACGAACAGCCACCUGCCUGUCAAAUAGAUCAUCGUAUAUGUAUUUUAACGGUCUGGAUAUUUCUGACUCUACUUUUAAAUUUAUGCAUUAUGUACUUAAUAUUACAAUUUA